ACGACGUAGUGGUUUAGAGUUUAAGCCGAUGCCCAUGAAAAUAGAGAAGAGGAAGAGUAAAAAUACAGAAGGCUGCACUUUACACACAAAUUUCCAAUCGGCAAACAAUAGGCAAACCAGCGAAGGACGGUUCGGAAUUUCGGACCUUCGGAAAACGCCUCGACCGCCGCCAGGCCGCCACCGCGCAACCGCUCCGCCCUCGCAGCCACGCAGGGCUCACUGAGUCGCUGAAGUGCUGAUUGCUGAACCAGCAUAUACCAGCCAACCAGGGUCACCAUUUUCUAAGGACUGGCCUUGCUGAAUCUGAUGGCUGUUAACUUGAGUAUCGAGCUCUUUAACCGAUUGGUGAGACUCGCAGCAAGAGCCUUCUAUGAUGAUAUUACAACGAAAGGUGAUAAUUUGCCCAAGUCAGGUAGAAGCGAUAACAGAGGGAUUGCAGUUGUGAUUCUAGAUGCCCUCACAAGGCGGCAGUGGGUGAGAGAAGAAGACCUGGCAAAGGACUUGAAGUUGCAUACAAAGCAACUUCGAAGAACACUACGUUUUUUCGAAGAAGAAAAGCUGAUCACAAGGGAUCACAGGAAAGAGUCAGCAAAAGGUGCCAAAGUAUAUAAUGCUGCUGUUGCUGCUACCGUUGAUGGUCAGCAUUAUGGUAAAGAAGAUGAAAAAGUCAAGAUGCACACACAUUCCUAUUGCUGUCUAGACUAUGCACAGAUACACGAUGUCGUGAGAUACAGAUUACACCGCAUGAAAAAAAAGCUUAGAGAUGAACUUGAUAGCAAGAAUACAGUUCAGGAGUAUAUAUGUCCAAACUGUGGAAAAAGAUAUACUGCUUUGGAUGCUAUACGAUUGAUUUCUCCACAUGAUGAUUAUUUUCACUGUGAAAGUUGUAAUGGGGAGUUGGUAGCAGAGAGUGACAAGUUAUCAUCUCAAGGGAUGGCAGAUGGAGAUGACAAUGCACGGAGACGUCGUCGCGAAAUAUUAGAAAACACGCUUCGCAAGAUGGAGGAACAGCUAAAACCACUGAUGGAGCUACUUGGCAGUAUAAAAGAUUUAGCUGUUCCUGAGCUCGGAAGCCUUCAAGACUGGGAGGCCCGUGCAAGUGCGGAGGCCCGUGGGGUGAAUGGUGAUCUUAGUGGCAACGAUCCCUCAAAAUUUUCACAGAGUGGCACACCUAUGCCUUUUGUUGGACAGACAAAGGUCGAAGUUGCUUUCCUGGGUCUUGAUGAAAAAGGUGACGCUAUAAAAUCCGAGGGUCCAUCAUCACCAAAGAAAGUGUUGCCUCCAUGGAUGAUAAAGGAAGGAAUGAACCUCACAAAGGAGCAGCGUGGAGAGGCUGCCAAGCAAGAAGUGAAGAUGGAUGGUACUCCAGCGGCCCUUGGAUUCUCCAAUGACAGCAAGCCCGAGACUGGUAAAGAUGAUGUGAAGAAUAUUCAGGAUGAAUAUGUUAAGGCAUAUUAUGCUGCAAUGCUGAAACGGCAGCAGGAACAAAUAGCAUUCGCCGAAAAGGUGAAAAGGGAACCAAGUACAGAUGACACACCUAGCACAUCAACUGAACGCCAAAUUGGAAUGAAAUCCAAACGUGAAGAUGAUGAUGAUGUUGAAUGGGAGGAGGCAAUCCCUGCAGGCUCAGGUAAUACAUAUGGAAACUUCAAAGUGGACUUGAAUGUUCAAGCAGAGGCUGCAGAAGAUGAGGAUGAUGAUGACAUUGAUUGGGAGGAAGGCUAACUUAACUAGGUGAUGAUAUGCUAUGCUGCCAGUUGGAUUUGUUUGAUUUGCCGUUUUGAGCAAUUUGUUUUGGUGAAAGUGGGUGACUGGUAAUUGGGUAAUGGACUUGAUAGAGAAGAAGCUUAACGCAGAGUACAUGAAGAUACCUCCGAACAUUUGAGAAAGCUUUGACAUUGACAAUGAUACAAAGGUGUUAACUAACUCAUCAGUGUCAAGAGCGACCCUAUUGUAUCGUUAAGAUAUUGGCCAUGUUUGGUAAAUGGGCUGAUCAACCAAAAAUUAGCUUGUUUGACUAAUUUUAGCAGUGACCCUAUUGUAUCGUUAAGAUAUUGGCCAUGUUUGGUAAAUGGCGAUCAACCAAAAAUUAGUUUGUUUGACCAUUUCAACCAGCUGAAAAUUAUUUUUGGUGAAACGCUGUUUUUGUAUAGCUUGUCGAACGAAAACGCCGUUUUUUGAAUUGCUGCAAGGGACAGCGUUUUGCAAUAGCUGCUCACAAAAUAUAAAGCAAAAGCCAGGGUUGCACUCUCUCGUCACUGCCGAUUGCUGAAUUAGUCCCAUACUAAAUUAUUGUGUUAGUGCACAUUCAUAUGUUACUACCAUACUAAAUUAAUAUGUUAAACUAGUGUUAGUGCCG